AUCAAGCUUAUUUUCCAUUGAUUGCUUUGACUUUUGGCGCAACUUAGGCGCAGAAGUCUCCAUCCUUGGCUUAUCGCUUUGUUUGUAAAUGCAUUAUGCUCUACAUACUUCAAUGAAGCCUGCAUUGCUUUCUCGAACGUAGUCCACGCCCUUCGAGGGGCAUGGCGACACAUCGUCCCGGCUCCUCGGCCUCCUAGGGCCUUUCCCAGGCAGUCUGUAGUGACAUUUUUGGAUGGGGCUAUGCGGCAGCAAAGCCAACGGAAGCUCUGAUGGCGCCAACGGGACGCAACACAAGGAUGGCGCGUUGGGCCCAGGCGUAGCCAGCGCUUGGGAUGUGCAGGUCAAGCUCGGCUCGCCCAGUGGCGGGGGGAGCGACCACCAACCGCUCCUGGGUACCGAGAGCGUGGGGGGCCCAAGCGGCGCCACCACCACGCCCGUUCAGGCCUUCGCGGAGCACGAAAGCGCGUCCGUGCCGGAGAGCGGCGGGGGCGGCGGGGGCCUGACAUCUCGCUUCUUCAAACGGGGGCCAGCGCAGCCCGUGCAGCCGCAGCCACUGCGGCCAGGCGGCUCCAGCGGCGAUGCCGCCACCGGCGUCGGCGGCGCGGCGCCGCUGCUGCCCGGCAGCGCCGCCGCCGUCGCCGCCGCGGCGGCUGCGGCCAGCGGCGCCGCUGCCGCCGCCGUGGCCGCGGCUGCGGCCACCGCCGCAGGCGCCGCAGGCGGCACGCCCAACGCUGCCGGCGCCGCCUCCGCCGCGGCGCCAUGGCGCUCGGGCGGCGCCGCUGCCUCCCGCUGUGACGCGGUGGCGCAGACGGACGCCUCCCUACUGUACCCCCUGCUGCGAGACCCCUCGCCAACGGUGCCGGUGCGCUGGCGCAAGGGCGAGGGCAUCGGCAGCGGCAGCUUCGGCCAGGUGUAUCUGGCGCUGAACUGCGACACAGGCGAGCUGCUCGCGGUGAAGGAGGUGCCGGCGGGCUUGGCGGGCGGCGACGGCGGCGGCGCGGGCGGCGGCGGGCGGGAGGCGGUGGCUCAGCUGGAGCGGGAGGUGGCGUUGCUGAGCGCAUUGCGCCACCCCAACAUCGUGCGAUACGUGGGCACACAGCGCAGCGGCGCUGGAGGCGGAGGAGGAGGAGGCGGCGGGGCGCCGCUGUACAUUUUCUUAGAGUACGUGCCCGGCGGCUCGCUGUCCUCGCAGCUGGCCCGCUUCGGCCCGCUGCCGGAGCCGCUGGUGGCGCUGUACACGCGGCAGCUGCUGCUGGGGCUGGCCUACCUGCACGCACAGCGCACCGUGCACCGCGACGUCAAGGGCGCCAACCUGCUGCUGGAGAAGACGGGUGUGCUCAAGCUGGCGGACUUUGGCAUGGCCAAACAGCUGAUGGAGCAGGUGUCCUUCACUCGCUCCUUCAAGGGCAGCGCCUACUGGAUGGCGCCCGAGGUCAUCAAGCAGCAGGGCUACGGAGUGCAGGCAGACAUAUGGAGUGUGGGCUGUACCGUGCUGGAGAUGGCCACUGGUAAGCCCCCCUGGAGCCAGUGCACCAGCCAGGUCCAGGCCAUCUUCAAGAUCGCCUCCAGCCCCGACCUGCCAGCCAUACCCGACCACCUGUCCCCGCAGGCCUCAGAGUUCAUACUGCUGUGCCUGCAGCGCGAUCCCUCCUCCCGGCCUACCGCUGAGGAGCUGCUACGGCACCCCUUCGUCACCCAGCCCCUCACCCGCAUCCCGCUGCCGCCGGCCCUCGCCGACCCCUUGAACUUCCUGUACGACGCACGCGGCACCGCCCCAGGGCUUGGCGGUGGCGGCGCCGCCGGCGCCUUAGUCAUAGCCGGCGGCGGCGGCGUCGCCGGCGGCGGCAUGGCGGGCGGGCCGGGCAGCGUGACGGGGAUUGUGGGGCCGGGCGCUACCGGGAACAGCCUAGCUCUGGCGAUGGGGUUGAGUCCGCUGCGAGUGCCCGGGCAUGCGGGAGUGGCGGGUGCUGCUGGUGGCGGUGGCAGGAUGGGCAGCGCCGUCGGGACGCCAUCGGCCCUUGGCGGCGGCGCCGGCGGGAUGAUGCUCAGCCCCGCCGCCGCCGCGGCGGCAGCGGCUGCCGCCGCCGUCAACAGCCCUGCAUCCGGCGGCGGCGCCGCCAACCCCUUCGCGCUCGCGCUGGCGGCGGCGGCUGUUGCGCCGGGUCUGGCUGGUGCUGGCGGCGGGGCCGGGGGCGGCGCCGCCGGCCUGGACUUCUUUGGCGGCGGCGGCGCUGGCGGCGGUGGCGGCGGGCCGCUGGAUGAGGACCACCUGGCGGCGCUGGUGCUGGGCAACAGCGUGCACAUCAGCAAGGCGGCGCGGGCGGCACAGCAGGCCAUGGCAGCGGAUGAGGAGCGGGAGGAGGACGACGCCCUGCACAUCGACUUCACCACGCAGCCGCAGCAGUUCCGAGUGCGGGGCCUACUCACGCUGCCGCCGCUCAAGCAGUUGACCGGGGGCCAGCUGCCGCCGCUGUCCAUCACCCCCCAGGUGAUACGGCAGCAGCAGGCGCUGCCGCUGCUGCACAUGCACCAGGUGGGGCCGCCGCAUACGUCGUCAGCGGUGCAGGGGGCGGGGGCCUACGGAAUGAGGGCGGAGGCCGCGGCGGCAGCGGCGGUGGCAGGCGCGGCGCUGUCCUUUGCGGGCGGCGUGGGCGGAGCGAGAGGGGCAGCUGCUGGCGGCGGAGGCUGAGGCACCGCCGUACCGGGGUUACCAGCAGCUGCUGGCGUGGGAUGCAUUCAUCAAGGCAUGUCGGCGUUGCGGGCAAAGACAGUAUGAUGAUUGGUGGCGUGUGGCUAUGUGUGUGAGUCGCAUACAUGUUCCAAGUUGUGUAGCGGCAGGCAGCGGCGUCGCCACUUGGCACGUUCUAGGAAUUCAGAGGUGUAAGCCUCAGGAGCCGGGCGGUCAUUGGCGCCAUAUGCCCGGGUGUAUGUUUACUUAAUGCUGGGCUGGCUAGGAAUUGUGGAUGGAGUGGGUGGUGUGUCACGUGUGGAUGCUGGCGCGCAGGCACGUGUGCGAAUGUGCGGUACUCCUUGCGGCUUGUGCGUGAUGACAUUGGUGGCUGCUGUCGGUAGAACUGUGAUCGAAACUGAGCCUAGACCUACAUGGAACUCAAACCAACAUCCGCUCUUAGGUGCAUCGUUAGGAGCUUGGAUUUCGUACGUAGGCAGGAUAUAGAUAGUCCAAUGGAUUGCUUGAUACAAGGUGGUGCGCACGAUCUAGCCUGCAGUCCUGUCCUUGGUAUGUCCUGUAUACGCAUUGCAGCAGCAGGCAGACAACAGGCAGCCAGGCGCGGCUGGGAGAUAGACUGCAAUAAUGCAUAUACUACGCCUGCCUGCCUGCCGAUGGAAUGGGCUGCGCCCAUGCAGGGGAGUGCACAAUGUAUGCAGCAGCUUAUGAUCAUUGACGGCGGGGGGGACGGAACGAUACUUUGGCGUGGCGUACCGAGUACGAGCAAGCAUGUGGGACGGAGGCUGAAGUGGGGCAUGCAAGUUACAGACAGGGCCCAAGUAGGGCUGGACGAGAGGGCUCAGACGUGAGUCGGGGCUACACUGAAUGCGUUUCGGAUCAGUCGUGAUGCCGUACAGCGUGUGAUCGUGCAGGUCGUUUGGUGGGUGUCGGAGCGUGUCAAUCAGUUGGCACGAGGUGCCAGGACGCUGCGGCCUGCGGACUGUUUGACAUCGCUUAUAUGGAAAGAGCUUACAGAACAUGAUUGUGUUGCUCACCCGCAAAGUGCAAGCUGGUUAUGGCGCGGGAGUGCGUAUGCGGGCAGUGACGCGUGUCUGAGGCGUUGUGUGGGGUGAGUCAGCCACAGGCUCGGCGCGCAGCCAGCAGCUGGGUAGUUAAAUUAUAAGCAGUCUUGACAGUGCGCUUCCAUGCCAUGAUGGUAAUGAUGCGCGCAAGCUGUCUCUCCUGUUUGCAGUACACGUUGCGGUUAAAGCGGGAGGCAACUUGCGCGCGAGCUAUCGGCACGUAGCAUUCAAUCUCGCAAAGGAUACGUGGUACAUUUUCCUUACGCUUCCCUUUGAGCGCGCGGAGCAGAAAUGGGCUGGCGCAGCAGUAAGCUGAAUGCCAUCGCUGGUAAUAGCAGGUGGAGGCGAGGUAAAUCACGCUCGACGCCUCAGACUCUCGCUUGAAGCU